UGCUUUUCAGUUUCCUUUUGCUCAAGCUUAAUGAGAGCUCCUACCUCUCCUUGUCAGCUUCAACUCUAGACCUGCUCCAGAGUUACUGCCUCUCGACGGUUGGCAUCAACUUAAUUUUUUCUUAUUCUGUGUCUUGAUUGCUGGCCGGAGUUAGCCGAGCCGAUCGACAUUCGACGUCCAAGUCCAGCUGUCGACCAGCCCGUUUUUGGGCUUGCUGGAAACCGGUCAAAGGAGCGCAACCCACACCUUUUCCAACCUUCAACCUGCAAGCCACCCAUCCGCAGCUCCUUUUUCGUUUUUUCUUCUUUCAUUCUUAAUCCGACCCGACCGAAAGACGCACCCAGGCCUACGUCGCCGCCGAGAAUAGAGCCAGGAGCUCCCGCUUGGAUCUUUUUUUUUGUUUCUUUAAUUUCAAUUGGGAAUAAUUGGACCAAGACUAGAGGACGACGCGGACCCUUUUAGGUCCGUGACAGGACCUAUUUUUGCUGCCCUACGAUAUUGAGGCUACUUUUUUAGUCUCUGCCUCGGAUUUGUGCGGAGGGUGAUUAUCACUCUUUUGCUGCCUUUUUGCUCCAAAAGGAGGGGGGCGUGAGAAAAAAGCAUCCAGCCCGAGUUGUCUACCCAAACACGAUCGCACCAAGAGGUUUCCGCUGCCGAGCACUCGAAUGAAUAGGGCACAUACCUGACGACCCGACACGCCUGCCCAGACGGCGCCUUGUGUUGCUGUCCUUCGCACGCCUAAACCGUUUACGAUAACAAGCCGACGAGGCUUGAACACUUCUAAUAUAUCAUGGCGAACAUGACACCUCCUACCGACCAUGGCUCCGGGCGCAUGCCUUCUGUUGCGUCGAUGGGGCCUCCCAAGGUCAGGUCACGAACACACAGUCUUUCCAGUGAUAGGGCAUCAACAAUUGGAGCAGGCUUCAUGUCCCCGCCCUUGACGGUUUCUCCCGAGGCAGCUUUCAUCGCCGCAGCGGCUGCUUCCCAGAUCGUCACAAACGACCACGACGCACACCAAGAUAUUUGGUAUGACCAGCAGGGCAUUGAGCCCCCUUCAGAAACAGUACUAGUCUCUCCAGCAGCAUUGGCAUUGAUCAACAACUUUCUCGACCGACUCCUCUUCAACCUUCUAUCUACCGCAAAAUCUACAAGCCUCGCUGCCCUGCGACCUGCCGUAUCCGAGGUAUUAAAGCCCAAACUUGCGAAAGAUGCGAUAUAUCAGGCCGACGAGGAACUUCAAGAGUACCUCGGUGGUGGGGAGGACGAGGAUUAUGGGUCGCCUGCAAGAUCGCAAUCAGCUCGCGAUUGGGAUCUCGAGCUGGUAUGGAAGAGGACUCGUUUGCGGUGCAUGGUUUACUCAUCCCUGGGCGACUUAGAAGAGGAAGACGAAGAUUUCCACAUGGAGCAGGAGAACCUACUUACCGGGGAUGAGACUGUCGAGGAGACGAUAUCACCAGCCGUAGCCAUCUUUCUCACCUCGGUUUUGGAGUUUAUGGGAGAGCAGGCUCUGAUUGUAGCUGGCCAGGCUGCGUUUCAGCGGAUGCGUCACCACUACGAGAAGUCGCUACGGGAAGGUACUCGAAGUCCUGCCGAUGUGGCCGACAGGAUAGUGGUUGGAGACAGCGACGUCGAGCGUAUCGCUUUGGAUAGGACGCUGGGGCGACUCUGGCGUUCCUGGAAGAAGCAGAUGCGGUCUCCCGCUCUGUCUCAGGAUGCCACAUUCCGUAACUUUUCUCGAGACUCGGCAAGGAGCAGCUCCAUGAGCCACUACAGGUUCCGUAGUCUCAGCGUCGACCCACCACGGAGGAGGAACGAUGGCUCUGCAUCUCCGUUAGAAGUGGAUGAGGAGCCUGAGUUGGACAGGCGCAGCACCGAUGGGAAGAAGCCGGCGGAUUGCAUACCUCUGCCGGUUGGUCCGGAUGACAUGUUGGAGAUCUUGAUACCAGGUCUGGCGCAUUACAGUGAUGACGAGGAAGAGAUUGAGGAUGCCAAGAGCAACCUACCAAGGCGUCCGAAGAGCAUGUUAUUGAGUCCAUUGGCCGCCGGCGUCAGGGAUCCACCAACACCAGCAGCCUCGGUACCAUGCACUCCAAAAUUCCCUCCUCGCAGGCGGGCCAACUCUCUCCCUACUCCUGCCGCAUCCCCGUUCUCGUCGCCCAUGAACAAGCAUGUUGAGGCUGUGGCGAGUCCGACGGAAGUCGGCGGAGUUGUACACAACGAGUCUGUCACCUCAAAUUUGGAGAGUGAGAACUUGAGUGGAGGUGACAACGAGGCUUCUGCCUCUAAGGUCCCGCCAGUGUCUCAGAAGUCCUCAUACGCAGUCACAGAGUCGCGAACCGAUAAAGAAGUGCAGAGGCCCACUCUCCAACAGAGGCGCAUGUCUUCGGCCCAGAUCGCGGCUAUGAUUGCAGGCAGCUCUGGUUCUAAAUCCCCAGGCCUUCCCGCUCGAUCCCCAGGCCUGCCCGCCAUAUCUCCUGGAUUGCCCGCUGCCCCGGAGCAGGAGCUUCACGACGAAGCUGAGGAGAUUGAAGAAUUUUGCGAGGAGCCAGAGAUUCUCACGACCUCGAGGAUUUCAGUCUCUGGAAGGAGCACUUCGCCCACCACCUCGGAGCGCAGCAAACCGGCGAUUACUAUUGGGAUUCCGAAACGGUCUGCGAGCGUGCAUUCCGUCCGCGUGAUCGAGGUAGCCACUCCGCGCAGUCCAAUGUCGAGGUCUAGAAACAGCUCCGCCGAUGCACAGGAGCGCACCUCUAUGAGGACCAGCAACCUGUCACGAACGGACUCUACCAAUUCUUUUACACCCCCUAUCCGGGAAGAGGGCGCUAGACAGACCAGUCCUUCGAGGAAGGCUUACCCGUUCCCCACAAAGUCAACGCGCCUGCACCAAAGUGACUCGAUCUCGGAGGCUGAGGAAUCUACUGGGUCGCCGGUCCCCAGCAUGUCGGUUUCUACACUCUCAAGCAGAACUCCUACGCCGUUGUCUGAGCAGAAGCCUGCUACCAGCUAUGACGACCUCGAGGCUCAAGUCCAAUCUCAGCCACAAACCAUCUUCACGGUGCCUAGGGACUCUGACUCAUCAGUUCGCAACUCACCCGCUACCAAAGUUACCAUUGUCAGCUCCAGCUCUUCCAGCGGCAGCUUUUACCAUGAGGACAAGCCCCAUGUAGCAAGAAACUCGAGGUCGGCCGCCCAGGCCAAGGCAGAUGUGCCUCCUCCUCCCGAGCGCAGCGCCAAUCGGCCUCAGGGCACAAGCACACCAUCAACCCGCCAGGCGUCAUCUGCCACUACUGUGUCGGCCGAGCGAUCCAGCCCUAACCGACGUGCUCCUUCUCAGACCAGAGAAGCAGUUGAGCCUCCGCGUGAACGUGAACGAUCAAUCACUCCCAUGUCCAUGGAGAAGGGUUCGAGCCGCAAGCACCAUGAUUCGGUAUCGACAGUCUCAUCUUUGCAGCAGAGGCUGAAGCCUGUCCGCGCUUCGCAAGACUCGACGAGGCCGGUGGACAUCAAGACCUUUGAUGAGCUGAUCCAGAGCGACGAGACGAUCCAAUACACGCUUACACCAGAGAGCAUGCGUGAUAUUGACUCCAUUCGUUCUGGAAAGAAUGAUAGCCCAGUCCUUAGACCUAAGAGCCGCAAGGGUGAUGAAACUAAGUUCCAGGAGCACUCUCGCUCGGCCUCUACCCCCACUGGAGGCCCUCGUGCAUCCGACCUCAAGAGGUCAGCUUCAGUCUCGAGGGCUGGUGCUCUGAGCUCUCAUCCCAUCAACGAAGGUGCACCCUUGUCUGGACCGAUUCCAAGAGCCCCGGGCCUUACGCCUUCCAAAUCACACGGCGCGGGACCUCAGGCCCGUGAUGCCAGAAUUCCAUUGGAGUCACUAACCGAAUUUGCGGACUUUAUCCGCGCUACUGGCCCGCCUGGUGCCAGUGGUGGCAUAGGUGCAUCAUUCCGUGCACCCGCGUCUGGUCCUGCCAGAAGCACCGCUGGCCCGGCGGCCGGUCCCAAGCAGAGCCUGGAAUCCAGCGGCCGCGUAUCAAACACUAGCAAUCGUGCGCGCUACCAGGCUCGCGAUGCAGCUACCGACCCCCGUGAGGAUAACUCGGACCUUAUCGAUUUUAUUCGUCGCGGUCCCCAGACCAAGGACAAUCCCCGCAUUCCUCGGACGGUGGCACCGUUCCGCAACACCAUGGACUCGGACCAGUUCGCAACUGCUUCUGGAGGCAAAGCUGUUGACGCUACGCUGCCGGAUAUUCGUCACAGCGCCGCCUCUACCAGUGUAACGGAAAACUCGGUGCCGUCAUCCAUAAACUCGCAGAGCGCUCUACUUCGCAAGGACAAAUCCAUGGCUGGUGCCCGUGGUGGCCAAGGCAAUGCGAACAUGUUUGAUGAAGAGGACAUGAUUCCCAAGAGGAAGCAGAGACGAGUCCGCGACCCUUACGCCAUCGACUUUAGCGACGAGGAGGAUGAUGAAUUUGAAGAGGCGACACCCAAGCCCUCUAGGCGCCUCCAGCCGCCGGUUGAGAAGGAGGAGACUCUUGCCGAGUUCCUUAUGAAUGUUCCCCCUCCCAAGGAGACGAGCCCAGUCCCGUUCAACCUCCCAUCGCAGAACCCGCCCACACCUAAGAAGAAGUCUAGCACAGCCAGCCUCAUGGCGCGCUUCACCCGCAGGGAUAGCACCAGGGGUGACAGGAACAAGGCCGACAAAGAGAGCAACAAGUUGACCAAACAACCCGACCCCAACUCGGUUGCACCUCAGAGCCGAGCCGGCGGCGGCCGGGGCUACGUUCCUAUCCAGGUCAACCUGCCGUCCGGAGUCAACGACUACGGAUCGAUUCCUCCGCGCCCCAAAACCACGGGUAGCUCGGGCAGGGUUCCCAUGAGGAAGUUUGAGCCGCGCGAGGCGGUUCCGGUGCCGAACCGGGCCAUUUCUGAGCUCGCCGACUUUCUGCGCAACUCGGAGCCGCCGCGCAACUUUGGCCCGGCUGCUUAUGGUGGAGAGAACACGCAGAGACUGCCCAAGCAGUUUGUCGAGAGUGGACAGCGUCUGCCGAAGCAGUUUGCUCAAAGAUGAGACAGGACAGUGACGGACGCAAUGCUGCUUAGAGCCUCGGACUUGCAUGCACGAUCACGAUAAUGCCAUCAUGACAGAUCCCGAUCGCAUACUUAGUCUUUGUCGGUCCCAACGGCUGGCGAAUACUAUUACGGCAUUUUGAAUUUUGUACAGUGUCUAUUCGUUGCCAUUUUUUCUUUCUCUUUUGUACUCUUAUUUCUUCCCCGGUUGGAUCGACUUUUUGGAAAACAGAAAUUUCAUCAUUCAUAUCUUGCACAGCAUUUCAGAAACAAAAUUUGUCCAGAUUACAUUAACCUUUUUCAUUCUUUGUCAUAUAACGAGGCAGUAUAGCCCUCCCUUUUUUUAUUCUUCAACUUGGGUUCUAUGGGACUUUUUGUUUUCUUAUUCUUUCUUUUCUUGAUUCGGUAUUGAUACCAUCUGGCGGGAUACCACGGGCUAAGAUCAAAGUUGUACAGUUUUCGACCUUGAUAUUUUCUUGGCCCAUUUGAUAUUGCUUUACUAUACUUUUCUGGGGGGAGAUUUUGGGUUUUGCCAUGCUUGACCAAGUCACAUUUUGUCUGGUGUUGUUCAUAGUUGACUGGUGCCAUAUCCAUAGAUUCUGGAUCACUUUGGAUAAUGAAAACGGGUACCUCCCUAUUGUACAUUGCAAACUUUGUUGGGCCUCUUGGUGCCUCGUGACAUGACCGAUAAAAAGAGCU